GAGCACGGGCACGCGGACAAGUGGAGUUGUAAACGAAGCGCGUGCACUUUUCAGCACCAGCACCGUGUGGAUAGCAGCCAAACGGAGCAGAGAGGGCUGUCGUUAGUUCAUUGUGACAAACCGACGAGCUUGCGGUUUGCAACGCCAUACAACCGCUGCGAUCGCGGGAAAACUUUAUUGGUAGUUUUGAGUCGGCCGGUGGAGGAUAUAAAGCGGCACAGCCCGAGCUUUGUUCGCUCCGGCGGGCAAAUAGUGCCACGAGCUGCCUCUCGCCUGAAAGAGACAAGUUUCUGCGGGUAAAUAUACCGUUAUUUUUGGCUCCCUUGUGUCGAAACCGCGCGGUCUGGUUCUUGCUAACUGCGCCCUCGGAGGACUAGAUGGCUGCAAAUGAAGGGAAACAAAGGUGAUAAAGAAGAUCAUUCCUCCUCGCUGUUACGUUAAGGUCCAGACAACGGUUGACCCGUGGUGCUGUUUUUAGCCACAGCACAGCCUGCUCCUACCGUUAGCCACCGAGGUCUCCAUUGUGUGAGCAUCUCCGUGCUAAUACACUGCCGCCCGACCCCCGGCUCACUCGCUGCCACAACACACCUUCUGCCUCCCGCAGUUUUCUGACGGAUUCCCCCCCCCCCCUAACUUUUUGAGUCCGCUCAUCCGAAACAUGUGUUCACGGGUUUGGUUCGUGACCGACCGGCGUAUCAGCCAGGAAUACCCUCAACUUCAGAUCCUCCGGGCGCUGAAGGAGCGCUGCGCCGACGAGGAUGUGGAAUUCCGCUCUCUUCUCAUGGAUCAAAUCGUGCUUACCAUCAGCGAGGGACAAUUAGGUCUGCGAGUGGAGCAGGAAUUGGUGACAUCUUAUCCACAGGUGGUGGUGGUACGGGUGCCCACGCCCUGGGUGCAGUCAGACAGUGACAUCACUGUGCUGCGCCACCUCGAGAAGAUGGGCUGUCGGCUGAUCAACCGGCCCCAGGCCAUACUCAACUGUGUCAACAAGUUCUGGACCUUUCAGGAGCUGGCUGGUCACGGGGUGCCUCUUCCUGACACCUUCUCCUACGGAGGGCACGACAACUUCCGUAAGAUGAUCGAUGAGGCAGAGCCACUGGGCUACCCAGUGGUGGUGAAGAAUGCUCGUGGCCACAGAGGCAAGGCUGUGUUCCUGGCACGGGACAAACACCACCUGACGGAUCUGUGCCACCUGAUCCGCCACGAUACCCCCUACCUGUUCCAGGAGUACGUCAAGGAAUCGCAUGGCCGCGAUGUGCGGGUGGUCCUGGUGGGCGGCCGCGUCAUUGGCUCAAUGCUACGCUGCUCCACUGAUGGUCGCAUGCAGAGCAACUGCUCCUUGGGUGGUGUGGGCAUGAUGUGCCCACUGAGUGAGCAGGGCAAGCAGCUGGCCAUAGAGGUGUCUAACAUCCUGGGCAUGGAUGUGUGCGGCAUCGACCUCCUGCAGCUCAACGAUGGCUCGUUCGUGGUCUGCGAGGCUAAUGCCAACGUAGGCUUCAUUGCAUUCGACCAGGCCUGUGGCAUCGAUGUGGCGGGCAUUGUCGCCGACUAUGCUCUGUCCAUGCUGCCGAGCCGCCUCACCCGUAAGAUGUCCCUGCUGUCCGUCGUGUCGAGCACCAGCGAGACCAGCAGUGAGCCUGAGGUGUGCAGCGUGCCCACCGGUGGUGGCUCACUUCCCGAGGCCGUCUGCAACAUGAGCAUGGGUUCUACUUCCAGCGAGAGCGACCCAGAGCUGGCCGAGCCCUCUCAGUCCUCGCCGCGCCAGUCCACAGCCCCCAACCUGCCUGAUCUGCCUGACCUCCCUGAUCCGGCCUACAACUUCAACACCCUCCUUGCCAAUGAGAUCAAGUUAUUGACUGAAUCAAAGAGGAUAAAAGGUAUGGGAGCUACUGAAAGAAAUGGAUGCAACAUGCUAGUGACGCAAGGAAGGAAGAAAUGUGUGUCAAUCAUGAAAUGAUGGAAAGUGUAUUGGUCCGUGUGGUGCUCGGCAGGCCUGGAACAAACAUGUAGGGACCUCUGGACUAGUCACUGUGUACACAACAGAGCACAAGGUUACUAUUUAAAUCCAAACUGCUGCUAAUGUAUAUUUGGCUCAAAAAUUUUAAAAAGGGAAUAUACGGAAAUCCAAGUGUUUCCAUGUUUUGCUGCCUCUCAACACAUAAAAAUGAAUCUGAAUGCCAAAAAACAAACUCUUUGUUGUACAGUAUAAUUCAGUACUAAUAACACUAGUAGUGAGAUGAUUUUAAAAGUGAUUCUUUGUUUUGAUAUAAUGAAUAACUGUUUCAGAAUUGUAUAUAAUAUGUAGGAUUUCACUGCGACUGUCAGGUUCAUUUUAUGUCGAUGUGUUUUAAAACAAGCCUGAGGUUUGCGUAAAGGUUUACAGCAUACUUGGAUUGACGAAGAGGUUCUGGACUGCUGGCUAUGAGAAAAGCAGAAACAUUGCAUAGAAAUAAAUAAGGGUUUUUAGCAAACGCCCUCACCACGAUUCCUUUCUGUAUCAUUAUGACAGUGUUCCAAACUGAAUCCCCAAAUCAUGUAAUUCACAAAUGUGCAAAAUGAUGUAAAUAUAUAUCCCUCUCUUUUUUUUUAGAUUAAAAUAAAGAUGAGUCAUUAUUCAAAACCAA